CCCGGAUAGAAAUCAGGCUCCGUCGUCCUCGUGACCAAGACAACUCAUCACACCGGCCUGGAUGCGAAUAAGCUCUGUAGCUCACCACGCCAUACAAGAUGCACAACUGUCGCGAUCCGCUUCUUCUCCCUUUCCUACAUCAACACUACCUUCGCCCCAGCCUCCCAACUGCUCUCAACAACUUUCAAAGCCUUUAGUUUCAGUCAUAUAAUGACUUUUUUCCAAAACAUCCGCAAGCACUUCUGCUUGCGUGGUGCUCCUGCCAUCACGCAGAUUUCUGAAAAGACCCCUGCCCUUCCUUCCGCGGACCGCCUCACAAGCCUCCGCUUGUUCGUUAGCAGAUUCAUUCUGCACACUGCGCUUUCUCCCGCUGUAGAGAAGACAGAAACUCCUCUGUCCCCUGUUCCGCAGCCUGCUAGCCAUUCGGCCUAUCUUUCUGCAGCAGAGCACUCCGUCCGUCGCUGCCGAGCCCAGAGCUUUGCUCCCGUCUGGAAGCUCAAGUUGGCCGCCGAUAUUGGAUGCUCAUCUAAUACAUGGGCCCUCGAUACUAUCAGUGACUUGUACGACGCCGCCAAGGCCUUAGGUGGCCAGCUCCCACCCGCUCACCCUGUGGUGAAAGUCACAUAUCUCUAUCCGAUCGUCAAGGCCGUUUAUGCUGCACCCGCCCCUGCAGCUCACCCCACGAUCAAACCCGAUGCAAUUUUGUCGAGAAAAGAGCGUCUUGCCGCUACGAGACACACGUCAGUGUCCCUUUCCUUCGGCCAGAACAGAUGCUUCUCGGUAAAGCCUGAAGUCGCACGCGCCGCCCAAACCGUUUUCGAGCUCCAUAGCCUCGAAAACGCCCCACUCGUCAAACAAGCUCGCCAGUUCUCGCUUCCCAUGUUGCGAAACGUUUCUUUACGCCCUGAAAUCAGAACUCUCUCCGUUCGCAAUUUCUCAGCGAGAAAGCUUUCAGGUGCGAGCAACUUGCGCGUCAAUCACGAUGGAGCUCUUGCUAAUGGCGCUAUCGAUACAGCAUCGUCUUUGCUCAAGUCCGGCCCGAAGAAGUAUACCGAUUCCAGCAACGGCAACAUGCCACUUGACGACGUUCUUGGACUGUAUAAUGGUGCCUUUCGAUCACUUUCUGUUUCUUCUGUCAAAGAUACCACUACUGCUGCUACUGUUCCAGAUAUCACGUUGGAUGAUUCUGCUAGAGCCUCUACUACUGCUACGACCUGUGCUUCCGUUGCUGACGCUCACGUGGAUACGUCUGCGAUACUGGAGCGGGUCUGUCCCGCGCCAAAAGACGCUCAGCAUGGCAGCUCUUUCGUUACGAACUGCACGGCAGCUGUCCUACCCCCGACGAUUAAUGAGUCGGCCAACUCAAUCGUCGACCACGAUGAGAUUCCGGAAGCGUCCAUGCUGCCUCCUCAGAACACUCUCGAGCACCCACAGUCUUCAAGUUUCUCCGCGAGUAACGAAACUUCUGAUACAACUUCUGCUGUCACUUCUGAGAUCACUCUUGCAUUCACUUCUGCUGUCACGUCUGAGAUCACUCUUGCAUCUACGUCUGCCGUCACUUCUUUCCAGGACACCUCUGCUAUUCAAAAUCUUUCGGAUUUUUGGAAAUUUCCCGAAUCAGAUGAGAAUGCUACUGCUCGCUCUGCUCUUGUGCAAAGUGUCUAUAAUACCCAAGCAGAUGAUACCAACCCCUCUGCCGGCGAGGACGAGUGGGAAGACAUUGACUUGGGUGACCACAGUCCUGCUGUUCCUGGUGAAUCGCAUAUUAGCGCUAGACAGGAACUUCUCGAGGCCCUAGAUACCUUUAACCGGGAUGUCUGGGUGCCUGCUGCGCGGGGAUGGAGAAGUAUAGUCAAUUCAGCGGCGAGAAGGCUUGACGUUGGGUGGAUGAGAGGUAUCACCUCGACUCCAGAGCCCUAAUAUUCUUAUUUUUGGUUCUUUUUUGCUUUUGUGUCUAUAUGGUUUCUUGGUCUCUUUCCUCUUUUUUGUGUUGUUUUCGCCUACUUGGUCUUCUGGUUUUUAGUGUUUUUCGAUAACGUUCGGUGAACGUGUAUAGGCUGGAAUAAUGCCUUCGUCUUGUGGUACAAUGAAUUGCUUUAGUAAUUAUAAUUUUACAAUUAAAAUAACUUUACAAUAUUC